GAUUUUGUCAAAACGUUGAUCGUGUCAUGGCAAGGUUUUGUGAUAUGCCAAAGGAUUGGAUGGAUCUACCGAGGUAUAGCGAAGAGUAUAUCAAUGGUGUUAUUAGUUUUUUAGACUUUGCAUACUCUGAGGGAGAACCGGACGGACGACAAAUUCAAUGUCCUUGUAAGAGGUAUUGUAACAUUAAUUGGUAUAGAAGAGAUGUGGUAUUCGACCAUUUAGUAGCCGACGGAUUUGUUAAGGGAUAUAGAACAUGGAUUAAUCAUGGCGAAUGGGCAAUCCCGAUGGCGGUUGACGAUGACACGGAUGAUGAAGAAGGUGCACGUGAUGACAUCGAAGGACUGCUUAAUGAUGCAUUUGGAGAUGUAUCUCAUGCUGAGGGUGUUACUGUAGGUCAAAAUGAAGAGGCUAAAAAGUUUUACAAUUUAAUAGAUGGGGCAAGUCAAGAGUUAUACCCGGGUUGCAAGAAAUUUUCUACAUUAUCUUUUACCAUCCGUCUGUACUUGUUAAAGUGUUUACACGGUUGGAGCAAUGCCUCCUUCACUUCACUUCUUGAGCUAUUGAAAGAGGCAAUGCCUGACAUUAACAUACCUUCAUCUUUCCAUAAGACAAAGUCUAUGAUAAGAGAUUUAGAACUAAAGGAUGAAAAACACUGUAGUGUGUGUGGAACUUCUCGAUAUACUGAAAAUUCCAGUGAUAAUAGCGAGAACCAACCUGACAAGAAAGGUCGUCUGAUUCCUGCAAAGACUCUGAGAUACUUUCCUCUAAUUCCAAGACUUCAGAGAUUAUUUAUGUGCUUAAAGACGGCAGCUAGUCUGAGGUGGCAUGAUGAGGAGCGCAUAAAAGAUGGGACGUUAAAGCAUCCUGCUGAUGGCUUGGCAUGGAAGAACCUUGAUGAAAUGGAUGAAGAAUUUGCAAAAGAAUCUCGCAACAUUAGACUAGGCUUGUCAAGUGAUGGGUUCAACCCAUUUCGUAGCAUGAACAUUUCAUGGAGCACGUGGCCCGUGAUGCUGAUGAUAUACAACUUGCCUCCGUAG